AUUGACGUUCCUGGAAUAAAGAAUGUUUUUCUGUUUAAUAAAUGUUCAUAAUUUAAUUUUUUUUGUUGCUAAAAAAAUGGAACAUCUGUAUAAACAUAAAAAAAUGGAAAUAUUGGUGCCACACACUUCACUAAGACGUAUAACAAUGUAUAGACAUAUAUGGAAUGCUCAGGAAGAAACAAGACCACUAUCACGUUUCCAUUUACCAAUAAAAUAUUAUCAUACUACGAUACAUGAAACAAAUGCAUGUAAUUCAACAGAAAAAUGUUGUUUAGCAGUUAAAAAAAUACAGGAAGACCAAAUGACUAAGGAGGGUUUACCUGAUAUAGCAUAUAAUUUUUUAGUUGAUGGCCUAGGUAAUGUUUAUGAAGGUACUGGAUGGUACACACAAACAAUUCCACAUGGAAAAGAAUAUUUAUCUAUUUGCCUUUUUGGUAUUAGUGAUUAUAAAAAUCCACCAAAAAAAUUUGUGGAUGGAUUGCAAAGUAUUUUAGAAUUUGGAAAAGAAAUAGGAUAUUUAUCAUCAACUGUCCAACCUUUAUUAAAUUUAAACAAAACGACUGAAAAUAUCAUGAAUACGAAAAAGCAUCAAGAUUGGGAAGAAAAAUUCUUUAAGACAACAGAUGACUUGAAUGAAGAUAAAAUAGAAUCCUCAAAAGUAACACCCGAUGUGGAUUGGUCUCAAAUAUUUCCAAAUCGCGGUAACAAGACAGCAUUUGAUACAAUAGUGUCAGAUAAGAAAGUAAUUGUUGAAAAAUCAAAUUGGAGUAAAGUAUUUAGAGAUCAGGACCAAGUUACUUCAUUAGAUUGGUUUAGUUUAAUAAGAAAUAAUGAAAUUCGAGACUUUAAUUGGAGUGAAAUAUUUGAUAAUGAUGAGGUUAAUACGUCAAAUAUACAAUCGUUUUUUCGAAGUAGACGAUCGCGAGUAAAUAGUAAAUUAAGUCAUAAUAAUAAUUGGUGACAACAAUGACAUUUUAUUGCUAGCAUAAAAAUUAACUCAUUAAAAGAUUUUCAUUUACUUACUUGAUUUAUAAGAACUCUUGAACAUAAUUGUAUAUUUUUACGUAAGGAUCGUAUCAUGAAUAAAGACAUCUUAUCUUAUUUAUUUAAUACUUUGUCCGAGAAUUGUAAAUUUUUAUA